AUGGAUUACUACUAUCGGAAACUGAUGGGUAAUGGAGCGAUUACAACAAAGUUUCGCCUAAAUUAUGCGUCUCCAUUUCAACAGACAUCUUCUAAUCUUCGCCAAGGAGUCGAGGAAGCGGAAGUAAAGGGAAAAGCUGCUGAAGAUAGUGUCCCUUCUGGGCCGAGCUCUACUAUGGACUCGGAAUCGAAGGUUGAAAAAUCCGCACAACCAACAUCGCCUUCGACUGCUCCAAAACCGGCUCCAGAACAGAUCAAAGAGUCUGAAGACUCGUCUUCAGUUCAAGCCACUCCUUUAGAUACAGAAUCCUCAACUAAAUUGGUGGAUCCCACUACAGGAACGCCCGCUACUCACCACACUAGUAGUUGCGGAAGAUGCUACAAGUUGAAAAAGAAAUGCCUGAGAGAAUACCCUAAAUGCACAAAUUGUACCAAAUCAGGGGUUCCUUGUGAGUAUAUCAACAGGUCCAAUAAGCGUAGGAAAAAGCUAUCAGUGGCUGAAAAUGAACGUCUCAUCGGCGACAUUAACCAUAAGUCUUUCAGUAAGAAUGGGAAUGGCCAAAAAGAGUCUGAAUAUUUUACUGAGAAGGAAGGAGCCGGAUCUUCUUUGAGAACUUUAUUGAGUGAGGAACAAGAGAAGGAGCUCGCAGCUCACAAACUUGUUUCUAUUUCUUCUUUGCUCUCCAACGAGCGUAGCUUCGAUAAUAAUGGUAGAACAGCCAUGAUUCCUAAAUUGCCCAAAACAGAAGCUACGAAUAUCACAUCGCUGAGAGGUGGCGGGCCACCUCUUCGUUUUGCUGACAAACUAGAUUUACAAGCAAUCAAAAAGCCGAGCCAUCAUACUAAUCUCAAAGAUGAAUUUAUCACCAUGAAACCAAUCACAGACCUUGAUCUCCCCACAAGAUUUAUAUUUAACUUCUUUCAUAAUUAUGAGACCAGGUGCCCUUUCAUAGAUCAAAAUCAGUUUAUGCAAACGUUUAAAGAACUAGAAUUCUCCAAAGAGUCUAUCAUAAAUCUUGAUGUAUACCUUAUGUUGAGUAUUGGAUGUCUCAUUCACGAUAAAUCCACCAAUUCUUCAUUAUUCCAAGAAUACUUCAGUGAGAAGAACAUUGAAUCUAUUGUAGAUGUGUUGAACUUUGAAUCUUUGGAAGGUUUAAGGUUGUUGUUUUUAUUGGUUUUAUUUAAAUUAAAUCAGUAUAGAGAAGAAAGCAUAGACCAUUGCUGGGAACUAAUCAGCAUAUUAUCCCGCGGUAUCAUUAAAUUGAAUAUAUACAGUGGUAGUGAGAAUAUUGAAGAACAAGGAUUAUUCUGGUCUGUAUAUAACCUUGAUAAAACCGUCAGCUUAUUAUUAAAAAGACCAAGUCAAACUCCUCACGAUGAUUUUAUAGGGCUUCCGUUACCUUUCGCUGGUAACAAUGAAGAAUCAUCUCCAUCGUCUGUAAUAGAUUUAAACAAUAAAGAAAUUGAGUACAGCAUGCUUAUCAAUCGAUUGCUUGCUUUAAAAUUAUCCAAAUCACCAGAAUCCAAGUGUCAACAGAUUAAAGAGCUUUCCUCUAAUAUUGAAAAAUGGAGAGUAGGGAUUAGUCGAGUGAUACACAGCUCCAACUAUGAAGCUCCAGAAGAAUAUAUCUCCCUCGUUAAUUUGAAUUAUUAUUAUUAUUUGAUAGAAUUAGAUCAAAUAUCACUAAGUGAAUCGUUCCAAUUUACCCUCCAAUUUUUAUCAAAUUCAUUUACUUUACUUAUGCAUUAUGAUGAGAAGAACUAUAACAGAAAGAAGAAUGGUGGGGAUCGAAAGAAGUUUAUAGGUUUUUCCUUGAGUACACUGUUUUGGUACCUGAAACUUUUCCAGGUUGUGAAAUAUAGCUUGAACUCGCUAAUCGAUGGCCUAGUCACUUCUGAUAAUGCUGGGGAUGCUAAUGCCCCUCUCAAUUUGGUCGAAUUUAAUAGUAACUUGCAGCUAAUGAUCAAUCUUUUUAAAUUUUUGGCCAAGCUGGAUAGAGGAGAAAUGAAUUAUUUAAAUAACAAAAUCGAUACUUUUGCAGCUCAUUUAAGUUUACUUGGCAUGAAGAUGAUGGGAUUUAUGAUGACAGAUGAAGCUGGUAAAAGAGAACAAUUAGCUGGAGAAGUUAAAAAGAUUAAUAGAACUUUGUUCCCCGAUGCUUUUGUCUAG